AUAAAGCGUUCUGAAGUUAAAAAUUGUUAGAAUUAAUAAUGAAAGAAACUACAAAUAUUCAUUUUCAUCUUGUACAUUAAGCUAAAUAUUGCAUAUACUACAUUACAUAUAAAUGCAGAACAGCUCUCAAACUCUAUUCUUAUUCUUUUUUUCAGAGAAUGCUAUAGCCAAUGUGGACCAGCAGAGUAUGAUGUCAGUCAUAGAAGAUAAACAGUCUCAUCAUCUUCGUCUACUUCUCCGUUUGUCUGUCAACGAAGGAGUGUGUCACAUGUACAAGCAGUAUUCCAGCAGAAAAUGGACUGAGGUACAAAAGACAGCAUCAGCGAUCAAGUCCAGUUUAGAAGCAGACGAUAAUGUACAGAUGAAUAUUAACACUUCAUCAUCAGCAACAAGUGGGCAAACGUUCCAAGAUAGGGCUGCCGGAGUGUGGACCAGCGUGGUUUGUGAGUUGUCCAGAUGUGAUUGAUAAUACAGAAUACAAUGUGCCUUUUUAGUGCUUUUCAUACAUUAUUUUGUUGUUGUGUAAACUUGUUGUUACUGCUGUGCUAAAAUGUGUUAUUUGAUUACAAUAUUAUGAAUAAAAUACAAAAAAAUA